UAACAAGGCUUAUUUGCGCAAAGCGGCCGUUGUGAUGCUUGUGUUCCAUGCAGAAUGUUCUUGGAGUGCGAGCGGAGAUCUCUUGGAACAUCCGAGUAUCCCCGUUCCUUGUGGAGAGGGGCGAAAAGCGAGAAUAAUACGCAUAAUAUAAAGAGCUGCUCGGGUUCCGGGCUGUCGCCGAUCUUCGGUGCUUGGACGCCGAGUGUCACGAGGAAUAGGAGUUGAAAACAGAGAAGGAAAAACACAUCCAUUCACAGGCCGUGCAACCAUGUCGGGCAAGAAGCGAAGCCGAGACGGUGCCGAAGAGGAGGAACCAAAUGCAAAGGAUCAUAUGGCGUGUGACCAAUGCCGUAUCAAGAAGAUACGAUGUGGAAAAGAGCGGCCGCAGUGCUCCAACUGCAGCCGGCUCGCCAUGUACUGCGAAUGGUCUGGCUACGGCAAGAAGCCGAACCAAACAGUACUGCUCCACCAGUCGAUUGCGACCAUCGACAGCCGGCUUGAGCGUAUCGAGGGUAGGGUGACCAGUGUGUACCAGAUGCUGCAGAACAUGAGCUCUGACUGCGUCGCUGCUGUCAAGCCCUACAGCGGAGGCGGCGGCGGCGGCGGCGGCGGCUCGAUUCCGGAGACCGACUCGGGCUACGGUUAUGUCCCCAGUAUGACCUCGUCGAAUCUCCUGAGCGGCUCGCCAGCAGGGGUGCCGCCCCCGCCCACGGUGCAGCACAUCGUGCAUGGGCCGCGCGGCUACGAGCGUUACUUUGGUCCCACAUCCCUUACGUCUCUGCUGCACAACUUUGACGAUCUCCCGAUGCCGCGACCGAGCGGUAGCGGUAGUGGCGGUAGCCAAGCAAAGCCAAGCAUGGUGCUUGCGACAGCGGCAGCACCACCAGAUCGGGCGCCGGCAGCGGCUGCAGCAGCAGCGGGAGGGGCACAUGGCAGCCUGGCGGACGCCGCAGAGCGCGUGAGGCGGCUCGCAUCGGUCCACCGGGAGCGCCAGGGGGCCAGGGACGCCACCGCCGGCGGGGCGGACGGCAGGGCCAUGGUGAAGGAGCCCUCGAUGCUGAUCCUGGUGGCCCUCAUCGACCCCUACUUCGAGCUGUGCAACCCGCACCUGCCCAUAUGGACCCGGGCCGGGUUCCGCAGGCUGCUCGACGCGGCCCAGGAGAGCGGGGGCGGAGCCGCCCCCUCCACGUCCUUGACGUUCGCCAUGUGCGCCAACAACCUGGUGCUACUGACGCUCAUCGACAGGGCCCUACGUGUGCAGGCGACCAGCGGCGGCUCUAUGCGGUGCAACGGCACCAUCGACGUCGAGGUCAUCCAGUCCCACGUCGAGAACGCGAGCCGCGCCGUCUUGCACGUCGGAAAGCUUCUGGAGCCGCGCCUGGUCAACGUCCAGGCGCUAUUGUCGUUGUGCGCCGUGGCCCAGGUUUGCCUCUCGGAAGAGGUAUUCAGCCUCGUUUUAACCCUGGCGAACCAGGUCGCCAAGUCAAUGGGGCUGCACCAGCCCCAGGGCUGGAGCUCCAGUAUGAGCCCGGAAGAGUCCGAGGAGAGACGCAACGUACUCUACUGCCUCUACUGCCUCGACAAGACCGUGUCUUGGAACCACGGGUGUGCGCCGAGCGUGGGCAGCACUGCCGGGCUCCUCGCCGGACUCACGGUCUCGCGCCCGGGGCCGAGGCUGGGGCCGCCCGAACAGCCCGGCGGCGACGGCGACGGCAGCGGGGGCGGUAGCGGCGCCCUCUACAUGAGCGCCAGGUUCGCCCUGGCGCAGAUCGACGAUAACCUCUACGCAAGCCUGUAUGGACCCGAGGCGGCCGCCGCGCCGCAGGGAUUCGAGGGCCAGUUCAGAAAGAUCAGCCUCGAGGGCUUCGAGGCCCGGCUCGGGCACUGGAGAAAGGUGUACGAGCUCGAAAACGUCGACGGCGGCGGCGGAGGCCAAACGGACGAGGAGGGCGACGGCGGCGGCGGCGGCAGGAUGUCGUACGCCUCCAGAUUGGAGCUAAAGGCCGCCUGCAGGUUUACGCGCAUGCAGCUGCUCUCGCGCUUCGUCGACGACCCCGGAGUCUGCUCCGCGCUGCUCGAAGACGCGCGCGGCUGCUUGGUCUCGCUGCAACAGCUGUGGGCCGCCACGUCCGACCCGGGCCACUGCUCCAGGUUCGCCCGGCUCGUUUCGUCGUUUCCCCCGAUGGUGGUCUGCCGGCUGGCCUUCCAGGCCGCAACCUCGGAGGGCCCGGCGAGCGGUCGCGAUGCCGAGCUCCUGGGCUUUUUGGCCAGGUCGCUGCAGACGAUGACGUCCAUGUUUGCGGUCGCGGACUCGUACACCUCGAAGCUCUCUGCCUUUGUUGACAUCAUGCUGCGUUUUGUCCACGACAGCCAUCAGCAAGACAGGGAGGAGCAGCACCAGCGGCAAAACUCCGUUUCCUCCCGUCAUCAGCAGUACAGCCCGGCCUCGAGCCAGCAGCAGGAACAAAAAGUAAAGACGGCUCACCAAACAAACACGCCGGCUCACAGCUUCCGUAUGACCUACGAUAGCUCAUCUUCCUCCUCCACAAAGCAAUCUUCAGAGGCUUGCGAGCCGCUGCAGGCGAGAGGCGGCGAUGCGAUAGCCGCCGCUUCACCGGGACCCGUCCUAGAACAUGUUACAAAUGCAAACUGUGUGAAUAUCGAAAUCGACAAGGGGCUGGCGACGGGCCUGGCAGGCCUGUUUGCCGGCGGUCGCUACGAUGAGGCUCAAGAGAGGUAUGUAAAUGGAGGAGACCUCGAGCCGUUGAUGGACUUCUGGUCUCACCAGCAAAAGUUUUCCGAUUCCAUGGUGUUUGGGGAAUUGGACAGCUCAGACAUGCAGGCCGAGCACAACACAUGGCAAUAAGACAUGGUCACCAGGACAGGGCGCGACUUGGAAUACGGCUGCACGAAAAUGGAACCUCACCAUGCUAAAUAGAGGAAAUGAAUUAUGGCAUAGACAGGUCGGUUAUGUACUUGCCUUUUUCAGGGAAACGAAGGAACACAGAACUUUACCAGCAAACUUAUCAAGAUCCUCCAGUACAGUCAUGCAGCAAAAGUCUGCAGACACCAUCAAAAAUCCCACCAAACCACACCAAAAAGCACUAUUUUCAAAUAGUAUUUGUUGUAUUUAUACGCUGUUAUGUCUAUGGAAGAGACCUCAGUGCUGCGGCUAAGUACAUGCAAAUGGGGGAAAACCUUUGGGUUGGGCCUAAGGAGGAAAAACCCUAUGCCUGCGUUUCCGCCUCUCUAGCGGUGCGCCUCCGUGGCGGUGUUGAACCGCUUUGGCUAACGCCUACUUUUUUCCACGCUCGACUGCUCGUAAGGGCUCCACCCGGGAAUCAACCGUCCUCCCGCGUGCAGCCCCCUUUGCAGGGGGCCGACAAGGCCGCGUCCUGCUUGCCUGUGGUUGGUUGGUUGGUUCGUUGUUCGAUUUGCCAGGCUGGCCCCUUUGCCGGGGGGGCCACGAAUCGGGUCCACUUCGGUUGAGGGGGUCCUCUGCCG